AUGGCGUCUGCCGCAGGUCGACCGCGACGCGUCGCCCAGAGGAGGCGCAUUACCGAGUCCGACGACGAGGAUGAAAUCUCCAUCACGUCCAAUAAGAAGCGCGACAUCAAGGAGGAAUCGCCGUUUGAACCAUCCGCGCCGGCCAUCAAGCAGACCAGGACUACGCGCAGAGCAUCUGCUCAACCACCCACCGCUGCGACUCGAGUUCGUGGACGCCCAAAGAAAACACCGACCCCGGCUCCAUCCGAGACAGUUGAGAACAGCGACAUACUUGGCGAAGAUGAGAUAUCCCAGGCGGACGUCACAACAACUUCGACGAGGACCCGUGGCCGGUCUAAGAAGACAGAAGCUACAUCCUCCGCCGAUGUGACGCCGCAAAAGCGGAGAAGCAUGGCAUCGCGAAGCUCCCUGGCCAGCAUCGAACAGAGCUCCAAAAUUAGGAAUAGUAGAAGGUCGCAGAGUGUGUUGGAAAUUCAACCAUCGGUAGAGGAACGGGUUUCGUCUAGACCGCGAGCCACUCCGAAAUCAAGACUCAACGCAAAGUCCCGAGCCACGCCGACGCCUCAAGAGACACCAGCACCUCAGGAGACACCAGCACCUCAGGAGACACCAGCACCUCAGGAGACAUCAGCGCCUCAGGAUACAUCAGCGCCUCAGGAGACACCAGCGCCUGCGUCUCCCUUACCACCGACAUCACUGGAUGCACCAGCAUCGCAGUUGCGACAGACCACUCCACCCACAUCUCAGAGGCAGGGUUCUCCCUUGGCAGACAUUACAUCAAACAUAAAUGCGGCCAAUCUCCUGGCGCAGUCAGCUGUUAAGCCUACCAAGCCGCCGGAAUCGCCUACGAAGUCAAUGGAACCCAUUAUGGAAAAGCCAUUGGACAUAGUCCUCAAGUCGCGGACAUUGACGAUACCCAUUGUUGAGGAGGCAAAACCAACGCCUCGCAUAGUCAUUACACAUUUGAUCCUCACCAACUUCAAGAGUUAUGCUGGGCAACAGGAUGUAGGACCAUUUCACGCGUCAUUCUCAUCAGUCGUUGGGCCCAACGGCUCUGGAAAAUCCAAUGUCAUCGAUUCUCUUCUUUUCGUGUUUGGUUUCCGAGCUAGCAAGAUGCGACAGGGCAAGAUCUCUGCUUUGAUUCAUAAUUCUGCGCAGUAUCCUAAUCUCGGGUUCUGUGAGGUUGCUGUUCACUUUCAAGAGGUUUUGGACCAGCCUGGCGGUGGCCACACGGUAAUCCCAGAUUCAGAACUCAUCAUUUCCCGCAAGGCCUUCCGUAACAACUCCAGCAAAUACUACAUCAAUAAUAGGGAGUCAAACUUUACGACAGUCACUACUCUGCUGCGUGAACGUGGUGUUGAUCUCGACCACAAGCGUUUCCUGAUCCUCCAGGGUGAAGUCGAGUCGAUUGCUCAGAUGAAACCCAAGGCUGGUAAUGAGCAUGAAGAUGGAUUACUAGAGUAUCUUGAAGACAUUAUUGGAACCUCGAAAUACAAAACCCCGAUUGAAGAGUCCGCCACUGAAGUCGAAACCCUCAACGAAGUUUGCGUGGACAAGAAUGCCCGUGUUCAGCAUGUUGAGAAAGAGAAGAAUAGUCUGGAAGAAAAGAAGGACAAGGCACUCGCAUUUAUCCGGGAUGAGAAUGAGCUCGCUAUGAAGCAGUCUGCUUUAUAUCAACUCUACAUCCACGAAUGUAAUGACAACAUGGCAGUCACAGAGGAGGCUAUCAAUCAGAUGCAGGCUCAACUUGACGUUGAACUCGAAAAACAUGAAGGGAGCCAACAGCUUAUCAAAGAACUCGAGGGCCAGUACGAAAUGGGUAGAAGGGAAUUCGAACUUCAAGAGAAGCAAACUCAGGUCUUGUCAAAGGAAUUGGCAAAAUUCGAACAAGAGCGCGUCAAGUUUGACGAGAAAAAGAAGUUCCUGGAAGACAAGAAAAAGAAGCUCGAGAAAACCAUUAAAAACGCUGAAAAGUCGGCAAUCGAAGCUAAUGAAACAAUCGAGGAAUGCGGCACCGAUAUUGAAACUCGAUCACAAGAAAUUACGGCAUUGGAGAGGAUGGCAAAGGAGGAGGAAGCCGAGCUCACCAACAUUAGAGAGAACCUGAAGGGGAAGACGAAAGUCUUUUCGGACCAGAUUGCAGUCAAACAAAAGUCUCUCGAGCCGUGGAUUGAGAAGAUCAACCAGAAGCAGUCUGCCAUUGCCGUUGCUGAAAGCGAGAUGAACAUUCUUCAGGAAAAGGCGAAUGCUGGUGCUGUUGCUAUGCAGGAGCUCGAGGCCAAGAUAUCCUCUAUUGAAGAAGGUAAAGUCGCAAAACAGAAGGAACUCAAGGCCUGCCAAGCUGAAAAGGCGAAAUUGACAAAGGAGGCUGAGAAGAUGAAGUCUGAGCUUCAAAUCCUCGCAGAACAAGAGCCAAAGAUACGGGCUAAGAUCUCCAAUGCGCGCCAAAAGGCAGAUGAGGCUCGCUCAAGUUUGGCUAAUAACCAGACCAGAGGCAAUGUCUUGUCUGCCCUGAUGAGGAUGAAGGAAUCAGGUCGUAUUGAUGGAUUCCAGGGCCGUCUGGGCAAUCUCGGUACCAUUGAUAAGAAAUACGAUGUGGCAGUUUCCACUGCGUGCCCUUCGUUGGACAACUUUGUCACCGAAACAGUCGAGGCCGGCCAGCAAUGCAUCGAAUAUCUACGCAAGAAUAAGCUCGGUCGUGGCAACUUCAUCUGUCUAGACAAACUGCGACAACGAGACAUGUCACCAAUUCACACACCGGAAAAUGCACCGCGAUUGUUUGAUCUUGUUACGGCAAAGGCAGACAAAUUCCUGCCGGCUUUCUACCACGCUAUGCAGGAUACCCUCGUUGCCAAUGAUCUCGCGCAGGCAAAUCGCAUUGCUUACGGUGCCAGGAGAUGGCGAGUUGUGACGCUGGAUGGUGAAUUAAUUGACAAGUCUGGUACAAUGUCUGGAGGUGGCACAACUGUAAAGAGAGGCCUGAUGUCUUCCAAACUCGUUGCCGACACUACAAAAGAGCAGGUCGCCAAGCUCGAAGAGGACCGCGACUCGUGGGAGACCAAGUUCCAAGAAUUCCAAGAGUAUCAGCGAGAAUGCGAGAAUACCCUCAAGGAUCUGAAUCGAAAGAUUCCCCAGUUGGACACCAAGAUGCAAAAGAUAGGGUUGGAGAUGGAGAGCGCCACGCGAAAUUUGGCUGAUGUUGAGCGACGCAUCAAGGAAGUUGGCAGAGAGUACCAGCCAUCUGCCGAGGACUCCAGGCGUAUCUCGACACUACAAAAGGAACUAGCCAAGCUUAAUGCAGAAGUUGACAAGCUCCGUGGAGAGACAUCCAGCGUCGAGGAGGAGAUUAAAGCUCUGCAGGACAAGAUUAUGCAGGUUGGUGGAGAGAAGUUGCGGGCUCAGCGAGCCAAGGUCGACUCUAUCAAGGAAGAGAUUUCAUCUCACAAUGAAGAAGUUUCCAAUGCCGAAGUUCGGAAAGCUAAGGCUGAGAAGCAGAAGAUCAAGCUUGAAAAGGACUACAAUAAAGCCACCAAAGAGCGAGAUGCUGCGGUUCAUGACCUCCAACAGCUGCAGGACGGCCUUAAUAAUCAAGGAGAGAAGGCCGAAGAGCUGAAAGCUCUCGUCGAGCAAGCUGAGGAAGGCCUAGCGCUGAAGAAGAAGGAGCUGAAAAAGCUCAAGUCUGAGUUGGACGAGAAGACUGCUGAGUUGAAUGAGAGCCGUGCGGUGGAGAUUGAGAUGCGGAACAAACUCGAGGAGAAUCACAAGGUGCUGACUGACAACCAAAAGCGACUCCGAUACUGGGAGGACAAGCUAUCCAAGCUUGUGCUUCAAGAUAUCGAGGAUCUGAUGGGCAACUCGGCUCCUAAGGUCAAGACUGAGGAAUCGGAAGCGCCAGAGAUGCCAGAUGCUCCGGCCCAUGGCGAUGAAGAUGGCGAUGUCGAGAUGACCGAUGAUGAUGUUGAUAUGACUGACGUUGACAUCGACGACGCCGCCUCUGACCAGACAGAACAUGCACCAAGCGCCCCCAAGCGUCAACCUGGCCAACUCCCAAGAUAUACACCGGACGAAUUGGCGGGCAUGAGCAAAGAGACUUUGAAGGGCGAAAUCGCGGCAUUGGAAGAAAAGACGCAGAAUGUCAGUGUGGACCUCGGAGUGCUCGCCGAAUAUCGUCGCCGUGUAGAAGAGCAUGUGUCUCGAGCAUCUGAUCUACAGACUGCAAUCGAGCAGCGCGAUGCCGCCAAGAAGAGGUGUGAUGAUUUGCGUCGCUUGCGGCUCGAAGGAUUCAUGGAGGGCUUCAGCGCAAUUUCAUUACGUCUCAAAGAGAUGUACCAGAUGAUCACCAUGGGAGGCAACGCAGAACUCGAGCUAGUGGACAGUCUGGAUCCAUUCAGUGAAGGAAUCCUGUUCAGUGUGAUGCCACCGAAGAAGAGUUGGAAGAAUAUCGGCAACCUUUCAGGUGGUGAGAAGACGCUGAGCAGUCUUGCAUUGGUGUUUGCAUUACAUCACUAUAAGCCGACGCCGCUAUAUGUCAUGGACGAGAUUGACGCCGCUUUGGACUUCCGAAAUGUCUCGAUCGUGGCGAACUAUAUCAAGGAGCGCACAAAAAAUGCACAAUUCAUCGUUAUCUCGCUACGAAACAACAUGUUUGAGCUUGCAUCGCGUCUCGUCGGCGUGUACAAGGUCAACCAUAUGACAAAGAGUGUCACAAUAGAGAACAAGGACUUCAUCCAAAGGCCUCAGAUGACGCAGCAGCAACAGAGAACAUUGGGGGCCGCAAACACAGCCACGCUGACGAUUAGGUAG